CAGAAUUGAGGUAGAUUUUGGUGGAGGGGAAAAUACGCACAAGAAAAGACAGAAAGCAGAGUAGCGGAGACUUUGUGCCCCCGUUGGAGAGAUGGUUGAGUCCUCGUCAAGGUUGCUGUGGUAUCCCAGAAACACCAUUCACUCCGAGCUGUGACCGCGCACCGAAAACAGCAACAGCUCCACGGCGCCGGGCUGAGGAGAAGGAAUUAGGAGCUCGCGAAUAAUAUGAAAGGGAUCCGCAAAAGGGAAAGCCGAGCAAAGGAAUCCAAACCCCGGGAGCCUGGCACAAGAAAAUGCGCUAAAUGUGGCCGCCUUGACUUCAUCCUGAUGAAGAAAAUGGGAAUUAAAAGUGGAUUUACAUUUUGGAACCUCGUCUUUUUAUUGACGGUGUCUUGUGUGAAAGGAUUUAUUUACACAUGUGGUGGAACAUUAAAAGGACUUAAUGGCACUAUAGAAAGCCCUGGUUUUCCAUAUGGAUAUCCAAAUGGUGCAAACUGUACAUGGGUAAUAAUAGCAGAAGAACGAAAUAGGAUACAAAUUGUUUUUCAGUCAUUUGCUCUAGAAGAAGAAUACGACUACCUAUCCUUAUAUGAUGGACAUCCUCAUCCUACAAACUUUAGGACAAGGUUAACGGGAUUCCACCUGCCACCACCAGUGACAAGCACCAAGUCUGUGUUCUCACUACGUCUGACCAGUGAUUUCGCAGUUAGUGCUCAUGGUUUUAAAGUAUAUUAUGAAGACUUUCUCGCAGUUUUUGAGUUUUUUAUGAAGGAUGAAAUUGGGCUAGUCAGAGUUGAGAAGGUCACAGAGACUGGACGAAACUUGAGAGAUGAAAAAGGAGAGAAGGAAAAGGAAAAAAACCUGUACUCAAAGGUUUGUUUUCGUUCUUGGCUCUAUUGA